GGGUGCGCGCCUCCUUGAACAUCUCAGCCGGUAUAUAGCAGACGCGACGGAGUUGUCCGGGGCAGGCUAUGCAGCUGAGGCGUCGCGGCGGCUGGAGUUUAGAGGUACGCAUGGCAACACCCCACGGGCUACGGAAAACAUCCUGAUUUAGAGCCACCACAAAUCAAGCGGGAAAGAUGAGAACAAACCCUGCCAUCCAAGCUGCCAUUGACCUCACAGCAGGAGCUGUAGGGGGCACCGCCUGCGUGGUGACGGGCCAGCCAUUUGAUACUGCCAAGGUGAAAAUGCAGACGUUUCCCACCAUGUAUCAGGGGCUCGUUGACUGUUUUGUGAAGACUUACAAGCAAGUGGGGUUUCGGGGCUUCUACAAGGGGACCACGCCAGCGCUUGUCGCCAACAUCGCUGAAAACGCCGUGCUCUUCAUGUGUUACGGCUUUUGCCAAAAGAUUGUGAGGAGGAUUGUUGGACUAGACACGAAAGCAAAGUUGAGUGACCUUCAGAAUGCCGCUGCCGGCUCUUUUGCCUCGGCCUUCGCCACCUUGGUCCUCUGCCCCACCGAGCUCGUGAAGUGCCGCCUGCAGACCAUGCAUGAACUGCAGUUAUCUGGGAAGAUAGUGCAAGGGCACAAUACAGUUUGGUCAGUAGUCAAAGGCGUUUUGCAAAAGGACGGUCCCUUUGGAUUCUACCGUGGUUGGUCCAGCACUUUGCUACGGGAAAUUCCAGGCUAUUUCUUAUUCUUUGGAGGCUAUGAACUGAGUCGGACGUUCUUUUCAUUUGGGAGACCGAAAGAGGAAUUAGGUCCUAUUGCGCUGAUGUUCAGUGGCGGCUUUGGAGGCAUCUGUUUAUGGAUCGCUGUGUAUCCAAUUGACUGCAUCAAAUCUAGAAUCCAAGUUCUUUCCAUGGCAGGGAAACAGGCUGGCUUCAUGGGAACGUUUGUAAGCGUCUUCCGGAAUGAAGGUCUGUUUGCCUUAUAUUCUGGACUGAAGCCUACUAUGAUCCGAGCUUUCCCAGCCAAUGGUGCAUUGUUCCUUGCCUACGAGUACAGUCGGAAACUGAUGAUGAACCAGUUUGAUACAUAGAAAACUUGUAGACUGAAGUCUUUAGAUACAUUUAUGCAUCGGCCAUGCAACUGCCUGGGUUCAAGACUAACACUUGUACAACUCCUCAUCAAGAAGGGCUGUGGUUUGGUUUUUUAAGU